AUGCCUUGUUUUCGUUACCCGAUUUUAAUAUUCAUUUUCAUAUUUUCUUUAAACCAAGUUGACCUUUUAGAGAACGGUGUAGCUCGCACCCCUCCAAUGGGGUGGAUGUCGUGGGGAUAUUACAUGUGCAGCAUUAAGUGCGAACGAGAAUCAGAUAAAUGCCUCAAUGAGCAACUAAUUAUGUCUGUUGCUGACACCUUUUACAAUGAAGGGUACCAAGAAGCAGGGUAUGAAUACAUCAUUGUCGAUGACUGCUGGGCUGAAAAGCAUAGGGACGAACAUGGAAGACUUGUGCCAGAUAAAAAAAGAUUUCCUAGAGGAAUGAAGUUCCUUGCUGAUUAUAUACAUUCAAAAGGUCUGAAGUUUGGUAUGUACACAAAUUUGGGCCCAACAACUUGCAUGCAUUUCCCCGCAUCACAGGGCCACUUCUCGAUUGACGCAAAGACAUUUGCAGAGUGGGGUAUAGAUUAUCUCAAAGUUGAUGGCUGUUUUAUUCAAGAAAAUGUUCUCAAUGAAGGUUAUAUAGACUUGGGCGAAUUUUUAAGAAAAACUGGAAGAGACAUAGUGUAUUCGUGCAGCUGGCCUUAUUACAUACAAUUUAUUUACAACAAAGAGCCGGACCUUGAACGGGUUGGACGUUACUGCAAUCUGUGGCGAAAUUAUCACGACGUUAUGACGUCAUGGACUUCAAUUAUUAACGUAAUAGAUUUUUAUGAGAUGAACUACAAACAGCUGUCACCUUACCACGGCCCUGGACAUUGGAAUGAUCCGGACAUGUUGAUUUUAGGCACAGGCGCCCUCACAGACAGCCAGAGUCGCGUACACUUGGCCGUGUACGCCAUGAUGUCGGCGCCAUUAUUGCUCAGUUGUGACAUGGCUAAAUUAACUAAUUAUGAGAAAAAAAUACUGCAAAAUUUAGACUUGAUUGCCAUUGCCCAGGAUACCCUCGGUAUUAUGGCAGAGCCACAUACUUUAGGUAGCGGUGUUACAUUAUGGGUAAAACCUCACGAGCCGAGAAAAGGGAACAAGUACCCAAGCUUCUCGUUCGCCUACGUCAACAUGGCCAUAUUCGAGAAAGAAAUAUUAAGCACUCCGCUGAUAUAUGGCCUCAAUUCAUCAGACUCUUACACUAUUUAUGAUGUAUUUUCAGGCUCUUACAUCAAGAACAUCACCCGGGACGAGCGUAUCAAAGUUACGGUACCAGGACAUGAUGUGGUGUUGUACACAUUCUAUCCUCUAUAA